UGCACGGGUGGUUGUAGCGUCCAGCGCUGUGCGGUCCCUGAGUCUCCCUCCAUGCUGUUUACCACAUGAUGUACAUGAGCAGGUUACUGCAGUAGCACAGGCUGCAGAGACCAUUUCAGACUGUUCAUUAAUAAGAUGGAAGAAAAACCUCUAGAUCUUGGCUCUCUUUCUUAUAUAAAUGAUCAUAUUGGCUUUUAUGGAACCAUGAAAAAUUCUCCAGAUGACUUUGUUGUAACAGAGAUUGAUGUCAAUGGGCAGCUGGUUACAAAAGUCUACAAAGAAGUAAAUGAAGAAUUACAAACACAACAGAGUAAUGACCGAAACAUCAAAAAGCCGAAACUAUGCCCAGGUGCCGUUGAGAUUAAAGACACCCUUGAUGGAGAUAUAUGUGAGGCUUUGGUUGCGAAGACUGGUCAUGUUUUUGAGGACCAAGAUGUUCCCGAAUGCGAGGAAGACCAGUAUAAUGUGCUUAAUACUUUGUUGUGUCUGGAUGUUGUGGAAUCCCUAACUAACUUUGCAUGUUCAGUAAGAUCUGCCUUUGAAUCUAAAGUAACCGGAGGUGAGCAACGGGAACUGUCUUUGGGCCUUUUUCCAGAGAAAAAUUCUCGAGCCGGUCUCCACGGUGCUGUGCGACAGACAUUCCCAUUCCUCCUCACUUUUACCAGAAGCACGGAGCUUCUCGUUAAACCAAAUCUGGAUUACCAAGAGCUUUCCUUGCUGACAUCUGAAGAGGAAGCAGAUAAAUUCUUUACAUUUUUAGAUGCAAAAGUAGAAAACUCAAGGUUUACAUUUCAACCAGAUGUCUGUAAAGAACACAGGACAUCUGUACACCAUUUCAUCAGUAAGAAAUUCGGGAAACUGGUAGAAACCAAAUCCUUUUCUGAGAAAUGCAAUGAUGGACAGCAGAAGGUGUGCAUAACUGUUAGAUUCAGGGAGAGAAGAGGCUCAUCUGGAAAAAGACCGAGAUCAGAGGAAACCCCUGACAUAUUUACAGCUUUUACCCUCGAGAAAAAGAACCUGGAAACUCUGGAAGCUAUUGGUUACCUGGCUUCUGCGCUUGGUGUCCUCCCUUCAGACUUUAGCUAUGCUGGUAUUAAAGAUAAGAAAGCCAUUACAUACCAGUCUGUGGUUGUGAAGAAAGUUACUCCAGAGAGGUUACGUGGAGCUGAAGGACUACUGGAAAAAAAGGGACUGAAGAUAUAUAACAUACAUCCUACUAACCAGCACUUACAUCUUGGCCAGUUAAGUGGAAACCAUUUCAGCAUGGUUGUGAGAGAUGUAAGAUGUCAUACUGGUGAUCCAUCAGAAGACCUUGAGAGGAGAGUUUAUGAGGCAGCACAUAAGAUCAAGAACAGAGGCUUUAUCAACUAUUAUGGACCACAAAGAUUUGGAAAGGGGCAGAAUGUGCAGUCACAUAAAAUAGGAUUGGCUUUACUGAAAGGAGAAAUGGCACUGGCCAUCAAAUUGUUUUUCACCCCUGAAGAAGGUGAUGAUCCUGUAAAUAAAGCAAAACAAUAUUUUUACCAAACCGGGGAUAUUAAAGGUACCCUUCCCCUAAUGCCAGCCUAUAAAGUCCGUGAGAGAAUGCUGCUGCGGGCACUGAAUCGUUAUGGGAUGAGUGAUGAGGGAUGUAUACGAGGAUGGCUCAGUAUUCCACAUUCAAUGCGCAUCUUCUAUAUCCACGCGUAUUGCAGUAAGGUCUGGAAUGAAGCUGCAUCUUAUAGAAUAGCAACCUUUGGCUCAAGAGUUGUAGAAGGGGACUUGGUACUUCACAACCACAAUGCCAUUGAAAUAACUUCAUUGAGUGACAGGGUUCAUAUUGUCACGGCUGCAGAAGAGGAAGUAGAAGCAUAUUCUAUGCAUCAAGUAGUUCUUCCAAUGCCAGGACACAGCAUCAAAUACCCUACUAAUCAGGUUGGAGAGUGGUAUAAAGAAGCUCUUGCGAGUGCUGGGCUGCAGUCCUGUAAAUUUCGAGUUGGCACAUUACAGUUGAACAUUCCUGGCUGUUACAGGCAUAUAAUAAAAUAUCCACAUCAUUUGAUUUAUGAACUUGUGGUAGAGAUUGAUAAGCAAAGUCAGGAAACAGAUUCCAAACAUACUAAGAAAAUAACAUUAAAGUUGUCAUUUCAGUUAGAUUCUUCCUGUUAUGCUACUGUUUGUCUCCGAGAGAUGAUGAAGUGUAACUUUUAAUGCUCCAUAAUCU